UCGAUAUUUCCGCGUUCACGCUGGCGUGCGGUGCAGCAAAACUUCGUAGAAUUUAUUUUAACCCUUUCUGCCACGUAAAUUGAAUUAGAAGUAGUUCUUGGAUCUCUGCAAGAUGAUAAUAUACACAAACGAAGGCAAUCCCCUGGGACUGCAGCUGCUGAUGCUGGCCAAAUUCGCCAAGCGGUCGGUGCAGGUGCAAUUGGUUAACCUAAAUGAUGCCAAGUUCAAGGAUUUGCUGAUUCUGCCCACACUGGAGCUGGACGAUGGACUGCGGCUGUUCUCACCCGCUGCCGUCGCCAAGUAUCUGCUGGCGGAUGGGGGCCAGCUGAGGGAUGAGUGGCUGGAGUGGGCGAUCACGUUGCUGGCUCCUGCCCUCGCCCAUCACAUGGCCGUGGGACAUCGCGCGGACCCAAACGCCUUGCCAGUGCUGAAUGCUCUGGUGAAGAAGCUGGACGAUUGCCUGAAAGCCUCUCCGUACCUGGCUGGUGACAAGCUGACCGCUGCUGACAUCGCCGUCUGGUCGCUGCUGGCUCCGGAUGGCACGCUCAAGGGUGCGCAGAACCUGGACAGUCUGCAGGGCUGGUACAACCGGGUGAAGGCGCUGCCCGAGGUGCAACAGGUGCUGGCCGAGCAGCCGCUGAAGGAUCUUAGCUUCAAUGCGUUGCAGCAGUCGAAUCGCUACGGCGGACUCCAUCAUGUGCCGCUGAAACGUCUUAGCCUGGCGGAUUCGGGCAAACUGUUGGCCGAAACAGCAUCCACAGUCGCGGACACAGUCACAGAUGCGGAACUAGCUGCAGCAGGCGCUGCAUUCACGUACACAGCCCACAAGGAUGUGCCGCAGGAGCGCACAGUGCUGCCCAAAGCAGGCGAACGCAACGUGCUCAUCACUUCGGCCCUGCCUUAUGUUAACAACGUUCCCCACUUGGGCAACAUAAUUGGCUGCGUCCUGUCUGCUGAUAUCUUUGCACGCUACUCCCGCUCAGCUGGCUACAACACGCUGCUCAUCUGCGGCACAGAUGAAUACGGCACCGCCACGGAGAACAAGGCCCUGGCCGAGAACCUUACUCCCCGGGAGAUCUGCGACAAGUACUUUGAGCUGCAUAACUCCAUCUACCGCUGGUUUGGCAUUGGCUUCGAUUACUUUGGCCGCACCACCACCCAGGAGCAAACGGACAUUGUGCAGGAGGCAUUCAAGGAUGUCCAAAAAGCUGGCUACAUCAUCACAGACAGCGUGGAGCAGCUGCUCUGCCAGAAGUGCGACCGUUUCCUGGCCGAUCGCUUUGUGGAAGGUACCUGUCCGCAUCCUGGCUGCGGCUAUGAAGAUGCCCGUGGCGAUCAGUGCGACAAGUGCGGCAAACUGGUGACAGCCACCGAACUCAUUCGUCCACGCUGCAAAGUGUGCAACACUGCACCCAUCCUCCGCUCCUCGGAUCAAUUGUUCAUCGAUCUGCCCAAGGCUGAGCCCCGGCUGCGCGAGUGGGUGGACAAGUCGGAAAACGGCUGGACCCACAAUGCCAAGGUGAUCACGAGAGCCUGGCUGAGGGAGGGCCUCAAGCCACGAUGCAUCACACGAGAUCUGAAGUGGGGCAUCCCCGUGCCCCACAGCGGCUUUGAAAAGAAGGUCUUCUAUGUGUGGUUCGAUGCGCCCUUCGGCUAUGUGUCCAUGACCAAGCGCUACACCAAGGAGUAUCAGCAGUGGUGGCAGCCAGCCAAGGGCACCGACGUGGAACUGUUCCAGUUCAUGGCGAAGGACAAUGUGCCCUUCCACUCGGUGGUGUGGCCCAGCGUGCUGCUGGCCAUCAACAAGGGGCACACGCUUGUGUCGCACAUCAUGGCCACCGAGUAUCUGAACUACGAGGACGGAAAGUUCAGCAAGAGUCGCGGCAUUGGAGUCUUUGGCAACGAUGCCCAGGAGACGGGCAUUCCGGCAGAUGUCUGGCGCUUCUAUCUGGCCUCGGCUCGACCAGAGGGCCAGGAUUCCAGCUUCAGUUGGAACGAUCUGGCCGCACGCAACAACUCCGAGCUCCUCAACAAUUUGGGCAACUUUGUCAAUCGUGCUCUGGUCUUCUGCGAGAAGAACUUCAACAGCACCGUGCCCGAGGUGGUCGCCACAGAGGAAGAGCUUAUUUUGCUGGCCCUGGUCAACCGCGAGCUGCGUGGUUACAUCAACUCCCUGGAGAAGGCCAAGCUGCGCGAUGGCAUUCGCCAUCUGUUGGCCAUUUCCCGGCAUGGCAACGGCUACAUGCAGACCCAGCAGCCCUGGGUGCUCCUCAAGGGUAGCGAUGAGCAGAAGCAGCGCGCCGCCACCAUCAUUGCUCUGUGCGCCAACAUUGCCUGUCUGUUGGCCAACCUACUCUUCCCCUACAUGCCCGCCACGGCACGCACCCUCUUUGCUCAGCUCAACGCUAAACAGACGCCGCUCAAUGCCGAGAAGCCGCUGGCCACCGUGCUACUCCCAGCUGGACACAAGAUCGGCAAGCCCGCGCCACUCUUUGCCAAACUGGAGCAGUCCUUCAUUGAUGAGCUCAAGGGCAAGUAUGGCGGAUCCCAGGCAUCGAAUACGGUUGCGGACGUGCAGAGCCAGUCAAGUGCCGCAGAUCUGGAGCAGGCUGUGCAGGUUCAGGCCGAUAAGGUUCGAGAGCUUAAGGCGAGUACCAAGGACAAGGCAGUGUGGCAGCCAGAAGUCAGCAAACUGUUGGACCUGAAGAAGCAGCUGGAGGAGGCUAAGAAGUCCGCCGUUUCGGCGCCAGCUUCUGCUUCUGCCCCAUCGAACGGUGCACAGUCGGUGCAGGAUCUGGAGAAGGCCGUGCAGGCGCAGGGCGAGAAAGUGCGAAACCUGAAGGGCAGCACAAAAGACAAAUCUGUGUGGCAGCCAGAGGUGAAUGUGCUGCUCGAUCUGAAGAAGCAGCUGGAGGCUGCUCAGAAGGCAGCCAAAGCGGCUCCCGCUGCAGCUGCUCCUCCUGCCCCGUCGGUCGAUGCAGACAAAGUGAAAGCGUUGGAAGAAAAACUUAAUCAGCAGGCUGAAAAGGUGCGAACCCUAAAGGCCGCUGGGGAUGUCGCUGUGUGGAAGCCCGAACUUGAAAUUCUAUUGGGCCUGAAGAACGAACUGGCGGCUUUAACUGGUGCACCCCCCGCUGGCGGACAGGCCAAGAGCAAGGGCAAGAAGAAAAAGUAAAGUGUGUAAAUCCUCCAUUAGUAUGCUGGACAUUUUUACCUCAACUUUCUAAUCACGCAUUCGAUGGCGACAAACCUUAGUCGUGGACUGGCACAUCUCCAGUCAUUUUGCUUAAUUAAUUUCGUUUGCAUUUAACAAACUUUGUAUUUAUUUGAAUUGUACCCAGAUUCAGUUAGUAAUUUAAUGAGUUUGCGAAAGAGGCAUUAAA